GUCCCUGAGCAGCCUCCCAGCAGGGAGAAGCCCUUCAAGUGCUUGGAAUGUGGGAAGAGCUUCAGGAAGAGCUCCCACCUCUUCACCCACCAGCACAUCCACACUGGGGAACGUCCCUACCCAUGUAGGGAAUGUGGGAAGAGCUUCAAGCACAACUCCACCCUCCUCACCCACCAGCGCAUCCACACUGGGGAACGACCCUACAAGUGUGGGGAAUGUGGGAAGAGCUUCAGGAGCAGCUCCGACCUUCAUACCCACCAGCGCAUACAUACUGGGGCACGUCCCUACACAUGUGGAGAAUGUGGGAAGAGCUUCAUGAACAGCUCCCAUCUCCAUGCUCACCAGCGCAUCCACACCGGGGAACGGCUCUACAAGUGCUUGGAAUGUGGGAAGAGGUUUCACACCAGCUCAACUCUUCUCUUUCAUGAGCAGACACACACGGAUGAGAGGCCCUUCCGCUGCACCGACUGUGGGAAGAGCUUCAACCGGAACUUCACCCUCAUCACCCACCGGCGCAUCCACACCGGGGAGAGGCCCUACAAGUGUGGGGAGUGUGGGAAGAGC